AUGGCGGCGGCGGCGGCGGGUUCGGGCUCAGGCUCAGGCACGGGGCGGGCGGCGGCGCGGCCUCGGCCGGGACCCGCCCGGUUCCGGGGCUGUUUGGCCGGGGCGUUGUUGGGUGACUGCCUGGGCGCCGUCUUCGAAGGCAGGAGCGUCGUGAAGCUUCCCGACCUGCUGCGCUUCCUCCGAGGCCUGGAACCGGCGUCCGGGCCGCCCGAGGCGGGGGAGCCGGCUGGCAGCGCCCGCAGAGAAACGCUUUCGUACACGGACGACACGGCCAUGAGCAGGUCGGUGGUGCAGUCCCUGCUAGCCAAGCGAGAGUUUGAUGAAGUUGAUAUGGCCAAGAGGUUUGCUGAGGAGUACAAGAAGGAACCCAACAGGGGCUAUGGGAUGGCGGUUGUCAAUGUCUUCAAGAAGCUCCUGAGCCCCAAGUGCAACGAUGUGUUUGAACCAGCCAGAGCCCAGUUUAACGGGAAAGGCUCCUAUGGCAAUGGCGGUGCCAUGAGGGUGGCAGGCAUCUCGCUGGUUUAUUCUGAUGUCCAGGACGUUAAGAAGUUUGCGAAGCUGAGUGCUGAGUUAACCCAUGCCAACUCCCUGGGCUACAACGGGGCCAUCCUGCAGGCCCUGGCCGUGCAUCUCGCCCUGCAGGGAGAGCUCAGCAAGGAGACCUUCCUGGAGCAGCUCAUUAGCCACAUGGAAGAUGUAGAAGCAGACGAUAAGUCUCUUACUGAUGCCCGAGCGCUGGGAUUUGAGGAUUUACCAUUUUCAAGGCGUCUAAAGAAAAUAAAGGAAUUUUUGGAGCUCAGCAGUGUUCCCAAAGCAGAUGUGUUGUUUGAAUUAGGCAACGGCAUUGCUGCUUUGCGGUCUGUGCCUACUGCGAUUUACUCCUUCUUGCGCUGUAUGGAAGCUGACCCAGAUAUUCCUGAUCACUACAACAACCUGCAGAGGACCAUCAUCUACUGCAUCUCUCUGGGUGGAGACACAGACACCAUUGCUACCAUGGCAGGAGCCAUUGCAGGCGCUUAUUAUGGGGAGGAACAGAUACCCCCAAGCUGGGAGCAGAGCUGUGAAGCUUUUCAAGAGACACAGAAGCUGGCAAAUAGCUUGCAUGAACUCUACUGCCAGCGGCUCUGAGCUCCGAGGGGAGGGUGUUUUCUGAAGGCGAAGCGGGUGGUCACCUCUGCUUUUCUGGUCAGAAAUCUGGUGGUGGAUCCGCACCAUCUGCAGACGCCAGUGAGCCUCCACCUGAGAAAGACGCCUGCUGCCGUGAGUUGAGGGCUGGAAGCACGAGCUGGUUUGGAGGAGAGGGGACGUACCCUUCAGUUAUGGUUCAGCUGGGAAGUGGCUGCAUGUGGCGCCUUGGACAGUGGGUGCAUCUCCUCGGAAAUGUACAGGAGCGUCCAGUUUUUCGUAAGACUUCUGCUUCUUGCUUUGUCCCACCCUUAUGCCAUUAUGUUGUUUCUUAAAACACCAGUUCACACUCAGCUGACCAGCUCAAGGGAUGUAGAUGGGAGUCAUCAGAGAGGCAUGUCCCUGGAGAGCCUGGAGCAUGUCCUGCGUGGUGGCACGGGUUACCACCUGUGUUGUGGAGUGAGGGUGCUGGAGGGUCGGCCUCCCGGGAGGUUCACUUCCUUAAAGGCAGAAUGAAAACUGCCGGAAACUGGAGAAGGGAUUUCUUUGCGUUGCCAGUGGCAUUGUGAGAAAUGCCUUUGGUGCAUGCAGACAGAAUCCCCGUUGGCUCAUUGUUACUGCUGGAAGAGGGCGUAACUAAUUUCUGCUCCUGUGGUGUUCUUUGCUCUGCGAUCCACCCGGCACUGUCCUGAUCUACCGCAUUUGGUGUUCUGUCACGUAGCUGGCUUUCCCGUUGCUGCAGCUACUCUAGCCGUUUCCUUUGUUACUAAUCCUUGCAUCCUGCAUUUUUAAUCCUGUCCUAUGUAUGUCCAGAGCACCAAGUGAGAUUGCUGUUUAAAUCUGUGAGUGGAGAUAGUUGUGAAACCUAGUGUUACACAAGGGUUGAAUUCCUGGUUCUGCUGCAGUCAGUGACAAAAAUGACUUCAGCGGGAAGCAGGAGUUAUUUUUCACAGUUUUAAAAUGCUGUACUUGGUAAGAAUCAUUUGAAAAUAAAGGGAAAGGUAGGUUAAUUGGGGGAGAAUUUAUCAGAAUUUAAAAGAAUUUGUGCACUUGAAGCUGGUACUGGUGGCCAAGAAUAUUCUAGCAAAGCUGUGUUGUUCCAGAGUUUCACAUUUAAAACCUUUGCCCAAUGGAGCUGGUCAGAAAGGGAGAAACAGCUUGGGUAUGGCAUGUCUAAAAAGGGUUAAAAGCUUUCUAAUAAUUGAAAACAGAAAGAAAGAGGCAAGCAGCCAUCAUACGGAAAUGUUUAUAAAUUUGAAUGUGACAAUGUAAUUCUCUAUAAUCUCUGGUAUUUCUUGUGACACCGGGAGGUGACCAUUCUGCUCAGAGCUCGCUCCCUGUUGCUGUCGGCACGUGGUUGUUGUGUCAGGCUGCAUGCACACAUGGAAAAUCUGGCUGCGAUGGGUCGUUCCAGCUUUUCCUGUGCUCUCCUUCCUUCAAGUGCCAGUCUUCUGUGUGAUGCUUUAAUGGGGUUUCCUUGUAUAAAUGAAUACCUUGUCCUGAGAACAUGUGGAAUUUUGGCCUAUUGUAUAUUUAUGUAUUGUGCUGCAGAUCUGAGAUGUAAAAUGUCAGGUUUUUCACAUUACUCUGCCAGAGGUGUGAACGUAUUCAUGGAGUUAUUUAAAAGAAGAUAUUUUCCUUUUAAAGUGGCUUUAUAAUUUUAAAUGUUUGGAACUCAUGAAGAGCAGAAGAGCUACUGUUUAAAAUAUAGAGCUCAUUUUAGGCCAGAAUUUAAAUGUAUACUAAG